ACUGAGAGAAACGAGCGCGGCGUCAUUUCCCGUCGACUCUAAUGGGCGCGGGCGCACCGCCGGAGGCGGCGUCCGUGGCGGCGGCGCGGAAGCUGCACCACCUCCUCCGCUCCCGCGACCUCCGCCCGGCGCUCACGUACCUCCGCACCCUCCCUUCCCCCUUCACCCUCCUCCCCAACCACGCCCUCAACGCGCUCCUCCGGGCCCUCGCCGCCGCUGGCCGCGUCCGCGCCGCCACCUCCCUCUUCCGUUCCAUCCCCGUGCCCACCCCGCACUCCUUCAACUCCCUCCUCGCCGCGCUCCUCCGGCGAGGCCGACGCCGCGCGGCGUCCGCGCUGCUCGCCGCUUUCCUGCGCUCCCCCGACGCCUCCCCUGACGUGGCCACACUCAACACCCUCAUCCACGGCCUCUCCACCGCCUCGCCGCGCCCGUCCGCUCCCACGCUCUUCAAGCUCUUCCUCUUCCUGCCGGAGACCUAUGCCUUCGCGCCCGAUGUCAUCACGUACAACUCCAUGCUGUCUGCUCUGUGCCGAGCGGGCGACUUGGCCACCGCGCACAAGCUGUUCGACGGAAUGCGCGUGAGCGGACAAGGCGGGAAAGCUGACGCCUUCCCUAACGUUGUCACCUACACUACCAUGAUCAGGGCGUGCUGUGCAAAGCGGCUUGCUGAUGAGGCAUUGUCACUCUUCAAGAUGAUGGUCGCAGAUGGUGUGCCGCCGAACAGGAUCACCUACAAUACGAUGGUGCAGGGCUUCUGCGAGGCCGGAAGGAUGGAGCUAGUGAAGGAGGUGUUUGGGAUGGACUCGUUUAAGCCAGACACGUGCACAUUCAAUACGCUGAUGGCUGCGCAUUGUAGAGAAGGGCGGAUAGAGGAUGCGAUGAAGGUGUUCGAUCAAAUGAUGGAGCUCCGUGUGAGACGUGACUCUGCGAGUUACAGCAUGGUGAUCCGGGCAUUGUGUGAGAAUGGUGAGUUUGGUCGAGUAGAGGAGUUUGUGGACGACCUCUUGGAGAAAGAGGUGCUCAAGAAAAAAGGUGGUUGUGUGCCACUCAUUGCAGCUUACAGUCCAGUUUUGAAGUACUUCUGUGAGAAUGGAAAGGCAAAGAAGGCCAGAGUGCUAUUCGGGCAGCUGUUGGAUAGGAGGAGCAAGGUCGAUUUCCUAGCAUUCAAGACAUUGAUCCUAGGACAUUGUAAGGAGGGAGAUUUUGAAGAAGGGUACCAGCUGGUGCUCUCAAUGUUGAAGAGGGAUCUUAGGCCUGACACUGAGUGCUAUAUUGCUGUAAUAGAUGGCUUUAUGCAGAAGGGAAGGAUGAAAUCUGCUUGGGAAGCUCUUCACAGGAUGUUAAAUAGUGGUCUUCAGCCUAGCACAAGUACAUUCCACUCUGUUCUUUUGGGACUUCUGAAGAAAGAUGGCUGUGCGAAAGAAGCCGGCGAUUUGAUUGAAAUCAUGCUAGAGAGAAAAAUCAGGCAGAAUGUUGAUCUUUCUACUAAUCUGAUUGGUGUAUUGUUCAAAAGUGAUCUUAAUGAUCGUGCAUACAAGAUUACUAAGCGUCUUUAUGAUAAUGGUUAUUACAUUAAGAUGGAAAAAGUAAUCGCAACACUUUGUCAGGAUAAGAAGUUCAUAGAUGCAGCGGAGUUUACUUUGUUUAGCUUGCAGAAGCGCCAUGAACUGGGUGUGGAAGUUCACAGCCUGGUUCUGGAUGGCCUUUGCUCAGAUGGUAGAACUUCAGAGGCAUUCCAGCUUUUCUAUGAGCUAAUGGAGAACAGAAGCACUUCUGCAGUUGCUGCACCCCGCAGCCUAGUCUUGCUUCAUCAUGCUCUUGAGGAAGCUGGAAAGGUGAAAGAAGCUGAUUUUGUUGCUAAACAGAUGAGACGUGCCACUGCCAGAAUCAGGCAAAGGAGCUAAGGAUUUACUCCAUGCUUUUUUAGCAUCUAGAGGGGACGAUUCCCACCUGGAUAUUGGUGCAAAACCAGGGAUGGCCUGCUGGCUCAACCACCAGGAGCUCAUGCCACUACACUACAUGUGGGGUUACUCCAUGUUUGUUCCAAGAAAACUUGGGAGAUCUUCACAACAAACUAUGCAAUGUGAUCUGUGAAGAGAAAGGAUGCUGAAACUGGAUGACAAUCUGGUUGCCUUUCCUCAGCUGAUUAGCAAGGGAAUGGUUGGUCAUUCAACAAGGGUUGUUUGAUGAUGGAAGAUUGCGUAUGAAAUUAAAGGAUCUGUAAAUGAUUUUAUUUUCUUGAAUUUACUCCUAUCAACAGAUAUUCAGAUUGCACAAGCUCAUCUGAUGGUCAAUCCUAAAGACAAAUUAAAGCCUGUAUUUCCUGAUACUGAUAUACUGUGGUAUUUACAUCUCACUACUCCUGGUUAAAGGAAGUGCAGGUGACACAAUAGAGCUGCUGCUUCUUCCUGUCCAACUGGAUAAGAGUUGUGAAAAUCAAAGUGUCUGAAAGUAAAAAGGUAACUCCUGGUAGAAUGCUAGUGAGGUGCUCAUGCAUAACAUUUUCAUCUGCAGAGAAUGUAGCUGUUCUUCUCACCUAUGGAGUAAAGUCAAACCACUUCCAGUCGAGAGAAAAAAAAAAUCACUUCCAGUCAUCCAGUGUCAAACACCCUGGGAAGUUUUUGUGUUUGGAAGGUGACAGACCCUGUGAAUGUUAAGCAAUCAUGUUGCUGUAGCCCAAGUUGUCGACGUGCUGAUUACUGGAGCAGAUGACAUAUAUGUCUGGGACUCAAUUCCUGAUAGAUCGAGCAACUUGAGAAGUUGGGCGUGAAACUUCAGAAUCAGAGCAACAUGCCAGCGGGAGUCCUGUUGUUGCCUUAUAGUUUGCUUGGUGAGGGAAAAAAAGUGUCAUGGUUAGGUAAUUGAGAAAAUCUCUGUAUUUUGGUUGCCGCAUUUAAAACGCUUGUUACCUGCCUAUGAGAAAUGGCUGUAAUUCAUGCCUCAAUUUCUUUUGCAUUCAAUCAGAUGCAUUACAAUUGUAUACUGUUUAUAACUAUUCAUAAAGAGAUAAUUCUGGUCCAUUAGCCCGGUUUGAAGA